AUGGGUCUUAUCAACAAAGCGAAGGGUGCGCCACGCUCCGAGGGCAGCUCUGGCGGCGGCGUCAAGUACAUCUGCAACGUCUGCAGUAACGACAUCACAGCGACAGUGCGCAUCCGAUGCGCCAGCAAAAGCUGUCCCGACUACGAUCUGUGUGUACCAUGCUUUUCGAAAGGAGAAUCGAACCUGCACCACAACCCGCGAGAACACCCAUACCAAGUCAUCGAACCGCAUAGUAUACCCAUCUUUGACGAGGACUGGGGCGCCGAUGAAGAACUGCUGCUACUAGAAGGCGCGGAGCAGUAUGGGCUCGGCAGCUUUGCAGACAUCGCAGACCAUAUUGGCGGGUACAGAGAAAAAGAUGAAGUGCGCGACCACUACAUUCAGACAUAUAUCAAUUCGUCAAAAUUUCCGCUACCAGAGCGCGCGAGUCCGAGUGACAAGCGCUUGAGCGACGAGGUACCGCGAGAAGAGUUCCAGCAGCGGAAGAAGAGGCGGAUAGAGGAACGCAAGGAGGCCAUCAAGGCGGCAGCAGAAGUCGCAGCAGCUCCCGCCAAGCCCACGUCCAGUGUCCCAAGCUGCCAUGAAGUCGCCGGAUAUAUGCCGGGUCGGCUAGAGUUUGAAACCGAAUACUUCAACGAUGCCGAAGAGGCAGUCCAGCACAUGCAGUUCUCUCCCGAGGAAGGCCUCAACCCCAUCACGAAACAAUUCGAUCCGGAGACCGAGCUGAAGAUGGUUGUCAUGACAAUCUACAACGACAGACUUACGGCGAGAACGGAUCGGAAGAAAGUAAUCUUCAAUCACAGGCUUUUGGAGUAUCGAAAAAAUGUCGCCAACGACAAGAAGCGAACCAAAGAGCAGCGGGAUCUGCACCAAAGGCUUAAACCGUUCGCGCGAAUCAUGUCACAUCCUGACUUUGUCACAUUCUCGGAAGAUCUGGAAAAGGAGCAAAAUUUGCGACAAGCCAUCGCACAGCUCCAGGAGUGGCGUCGCAUGAGGAUCUCGACCCUUUCCGCAGGCGAAAAAUAUGAAGAACUGAAAGCUCAGCGGAUAGCAAGGCAGUACCCGCAACCAGGUCAAUUCGAUCGUUUGAGUAAUGGUAUACGGCCAAGCAAGCCGUCAGACAGGAAUCAGCCUGCGCCGGAGAUUGCGCCUGCCGUGAUCGAGUACACAACGAAAGCAGAUCUCCCGGUGCGGCUGUCGAGCGACAAGAAUCAAGUGAAUGGCAUGCCAAAUGGCGAGGUGCCAAAACGACAGCCUCUUCAACCAAUACCUAAUCUUCCCCCGGCGAAUUGGGAUGAGGACUCUGCACCUGACUUCCAGCUUCUAACAUCUCCCGAGCAAGAUCUUUGCAAUAAAUUGAGGUUGCAUCCGAAAGCCUACAUAGCCAUCAAGGAUGCCAUCUUCAGAGAGGCAAUGAAAAGUGAAGGCAAGCUGAAGAAGAAGAAUGUGCGUGAGAUUAGCAAGAUUGAUACCACGAAAGGCGGAAGGAUCUUCGAGUUCGUGGUAGAGCAAGGCUGGUUGGGAAACGCUGCGAAAGGAUAG